GCCAGCGCGCCCCUCCACCCUGCCUGCCCGCCAUGCCGUCCUCGCUCUACGUCCCCAUCCUCGUCGGGGGCAUGCUCCUCACCGGCUCCAGCAAUUCCCUAUGGAGCAAGUGGCAGGACAUGCAAUGCGUCGAGAACUGCGCCGAUCCCAACCCUGCUAGCCAUGUCCUUUACGAGCAGCCCGUCUGGCAGACCCUCCAGAUGUUCCUCGGAGAGAUGCUCUGCUUCCUCCCUGUCAUCUACUCCUGGCUCGCGUCCCGGCGCUCCCGCUCUGCCGUGCAGCUUCCCGCCGACGACGACGACGACGACGACGAGCCCGCAGACGGUGUCAAGCUCCAGGCCGCGCCCGAGCAUCUCCGCGGCUGGAAGAUCCUGCUGCUGUGGUUCCCUGCCGCCUGUGACCUCACCGGCACCACGCUCAUGAAUGUCGGCCUCCUCUACACCCCCGUCUCCAUCUACCAGAUGACCCGCGGCGCCCUCGUCCUCUUCGUCGGCGUCCUCUCCGUCGUCUUCCUCCGUCGCCGGCUCUGGCUUUACCAAUGGGUCUCUCUUGUGACCGUUAUGGCAGGCGUAUCACUCGUAGGUUUCAGUGGCUCUUUGAUCAAAGACGCCGUCAAGGAGCCUGCCGCGGCCCUUCUCGCGCUGCGCGACGACUCAGAGUCUACCGAGGAGCCGGAGAUUACCAAAGUUCUCGUUGGUGUCUUCUUCAUUCUUUUCGCGCAGAUUUUCACUGCGACGCAAUUUGUCGUCGAAGAGAAGAUCAUGGCGCGCUACUCCGUCGCGCCGCUCGUCGCGGUCGGCUACGAGGGCCUCUUCGGCGCGCUGAGCAUCGUGCUCGCGAUGCCGCUGCUCGCGCGCUACGCGGACGCGUCGCCGUUCUUCGACCUCCCGCGCGGCUGGGCGCAGAUGGUGCACACGCCCGCGGUGCUCUGGAGCGGCGUCGUCAUCGCGCUGAGCAUCUCGCUCUUCAACUUCUUCGGGCUGAGCGUGACGCGGCACGUCAGCGCGACCGUGCGCAGCCUUACGGACACGUGCCGCACGCUCAGCAUCUGGGUCGUCAGCCUGGGGCUCGGGUGGGAGCGCAUCGUGUGGCCGAUCUCGCUGCUGCAGGUCGUCGGGUUCGGGCUGCUCGUGUACGGGACGUUCCUUUUCAACAGCCUCGUCACCCCGCCGUCGUUCCUGCGCCUUGCGCCCGUGGCAGACCCGGUCGCGGAGGACGCGGAGGAGCGCAGUGCGCUCAUCGCGGAGAACGUGCUCGACGAGACCGCCGCGCUCCCAGCGGAUCUGGGCCAGAGCGGCUUCGACGCGCUCCCGCCCGCACCUACGAGGUAGGAGCGCCACCAGUGCGGACGACUUCGCGAGGGCGGCUUCAUGAAUUCAUAAAUGGAUAUGGACCGGGUCUGGCUGCAUCGCAUUGUUCGCGUCAUUUGCAUCAUGGGACGUGCUCGCAUCGUCGUUGUACAUAGUAUCUGUGCUCGGGAAUGC